CACAAUUUGCAACCUUAACACUCGAAUAUAAAGUUGAUUAUCAAUAAUUUCUUCGAGAAACUAUAAUAAAAGUUAGCAAUGUACUUGUAAUUUGUUUAUAAUGAUUGUUGGGAAUACUCAUUAGCGAUUUGUGUUACCGUAUAAAAGAUUUCUGUAUUUUCAAUGCAUGUGUCGGCGUAAACUAUGUUCCAUUGUUUCUUCAUAAUGGACUGGCUAACUUUCCAAUUUUAUAUUGUAAUCUGGAUAUUAUGCACAUCAGAAAUUAAGACACAAUUAUCGACCUAUAAUUUGCCUUAUUGCGAGCCAGGCCAGCCUGUUCCCUCACUAGAUAAAUGCAACACUUGCAUUUGUUAUGAAGGAAGAGUAAUUUGCACCAAUUUGCCGUGUCCAGCCCCAUCUUGCACAAAUGGUGAAACUCUGCCAAACCCAGAUCCAUGCAACAAAUGUGUGUGCAGCAACAAUAAAGUGGCUUGUUCCGACUUGAUUUGUAUACCAGCGCCACAAUGCAUAGAAAAGAAACAGUAUCCCGCACAAAACAAGUGCAAUAUUUGCAUGUGUUUGAAGGGACAUAUCAUGUGUACCACAAAUAUCUGCCAAAUCGAAAAGAAAGUGGUGCAAGAAUCGUUUGCAAUAAACGAAACUAUUGCGGAUGACAGUGAGGAGGGAACAUUAGGAGCAUUGGCCGCCCCCCUUCGAGCUUCGGCCAGCGUUGAAGAUAUCACACUCAAAGAUAGAACAGGUUUAGAAUGUGAUGCUAAUGAUGCUAAGGUUUACAAACCAGACGACUGCAAUGAAUGUUACUGUUUCGAGGGUCGACUGGUAUGCUCCGAUUUAAUAUGCAUACGAGGGUCUAAAUGUGUUGAGGGCCAGGAGAUACCCAAACCAGACAGCUGUAACUCCUGCAAAUGUAUUGAAGAACACAUUAUAUGUACGAACCAUGAAUGUCCAGAUACAAUCUCAAAGAAUUCAUUUGGAAAAGAAAACACAUCAAUACAAUUGAAGCCACCUGAGCAAUGUAAGGAAGGUGACGUCAUACCACCGCCGCCGCCACCCAAUGACUGCAACACGUGCACUUGUGUAGACAAUCGCGUUGUAUGCACUCAGAGAGAGUGUCCCGAUGAUGAAUUCAUACCAGCAAUCCAAUCAAGAUUCGUAAGAUCAGAAGAAGACGAAGAUGAACACAGUCAACUUAAAGUGUUUGAUAAACAGUUAUCAGUAGAACCUAUUGUUGAUAUGUUACUUAAGAACCACGACAAAAAGCCGUCGAAACUGGUACACACACAUGCAUACAAUGGCUUCCAACAAGAAAUAAAAGUCCAUUCUGGACAAUUGUCCAAAGAUACUUCAAAGUUACUUAAAGCCUUAGCCAGUAGCCUGCACAGCCCAGCACUAGCUGACAUUGGAGAUAAAUUAUUAUUGCAAAAGUCUCAAUCUACAUUGCCUAAUGGUGAUACAAUUAAUAUAAGUACAAAGAAUUCAUUUGAUUUGCAAGAGCUUCCAGUUACGCAAACCAGUAAAAUAAUAACAUCAGGUUCUCUGGGUAAUGAAACAAUAAUAAUAAUACCAGAAUCUUUGGCUAAGCAGAACCAUGUGACUAUUAUGCCAGUAAUGACUAACCAUGAAACAGUUUGGAACACAGUUUCAUCUCCACCGCCAAUUGUUAGUAAAAAUAUGUAUGAAAUGUAUUCUCACGGGACUAAAGAGAAAAAAUUGCAAGAAAACCAAGAUGGUUCACAAAUCAUAACUAUUAAGAAACAUGAAAUCGUUACUGAACCAAAUAAAUUGGAUCAUUCGGGUGAAGAACAUUUCAUGACUCAAACUCGAAUCAUGGUACCGACACCAACGGGAAAUCCACAUUCGGAAAAUCUACAACUCCAAUUAACUCCGAACCCAAUAAAUGUCCACAAUGGUAGACCAUACUCACAAUAUUCACAAUACUCAAACCAUAAUAAUCAAUAUGACGCGUUACAGUAUGAAACACGCAUUAAAUAUGCCAACUCGAUUGUCAAACCUGGUUCUAAAUACACUUUUAUGAGCUCGGCGUAUGGACCAAAUUCAGAUUAUAAAAUCUAUCCCAUUGCACCACAAAAUCCACACACAAAAAGCGUAGCGAUCCAAUUAAAUCCAAACUCGAUAAAUGCUAACAAUGGCAGACCACACCAGGUACUAUCCCGUUUCACUGAGUCAAAUGUCGCACCUGUUACAACGUAUACUUUGUUGACCUCAAAAUACAAACCUAGGCAAGACCAAGAUAGUCACAAUGUACAAUUUGGUUCAAACAUAUCCAAAAAAUACAAGAUGACAGUCAAUCAUGUCCAAAUGAAUCCUCAAGUAAAUAAAUAUGUAUCGAACGUUAACUAUACCCCACAACGUGGUUCUUUCCCAAAUGAUCAACAUAGACCUAGAGAUGUCCCAAAUAACCGCAUUAGACAAUUCAAAUGGAUUUCAACCGACAAUAAUAUCAAAUCUUCACGUGGUAAACAAGUACUUAUAAAUAAUAGAAUCAGGCAAACAACUAAAUAUCCAUCUAACUAUCUUAAAAAUGUAAAUGAUGAUGAAAGUAAUCCUUAUUUGUCACAUUACACAACAGAAACUAAUUGGAAUCCUGAUAAAAUUCCACCUAAAUUCACUUACAUGAUCACGCAAACUACUAGUCCAAAACCUCACACCGUUUAUCAUAAGACUGUAAACUACAAAAAUUUUGAACCUAGACAUACUACAAUAAGUUACCAAUCAGAAUUAGAUCAAUUAUCUAAUGACAAAUUGCAAGUUAGCCAUGACUCGUAUAAACCUAACUACAUACCGAUUAAACAAACAACUAUUAACUAUAAUAUGCCUGAAUUUGUUCAAAAAAUAAAAGGAACGAAUGAUAUUGAACCUAAAUUGAAUCAUCACCCUCCUGAUGACUCACAGGAAAUUAAAGAUCACUAUCAACAAAUUAAUGUUUCUCCUAUAAUGUCUGUAGUACAAAAGUAUAACUCACACGGUUCUAUGAACAAAUUAAGUGCUAGUAAACAGUAUGUGCCUCCUAUAAGUCAGAAAAUAAAUUCUGGCCCCGAUGAAAGUCACAUUAAUCCUCUAACUUCUUCGUAUCCAAAUGUUAUUGGUCACUCAGUUUAUCCUGAUGAAUCUGGAAAGAAUUUUCUUCCAACUCAAUCAGAAACAGUUCAUAUUACCACUGUUUCCACGAGGUUUGAUCCCGGUCAAAAUCGUUUAGAAAAUAAUUCACAAAAGCAAUUUAAAUUUAAACCCAUACGAUUUGUGAAACCGGUUAAAAAACCACAUUCAACUCCAUCGAGAAUUGUUGAGAUCCCACAGUCACCUGACUCAGUAGAUCAUGAGCCUAAUAAUGAUUUCUUAUAUGCAGAUAAUGCCAAUCGAAAUAGUUUAGCUAAUAAUAUCUUACCAUAUCCUUUACAAAAUGAAAAUUUACCAAUAUCAGUAAAUUGUGAUUGGUCUUAUCAAUCUUGGAACAAUCCAAAUUUAGGUCACGAAAAUCCAUCGUAUUUUAAUCCUAAUCAACCCCAAUUACAACAAGAACCGCAACCUCAUUUUGUAACUCCAUAUAACCACAAUUAUCCUGGAGAUGGUGUUACUGCAACACCUUUGGUCGCUUUCUCAGAACCCGCCUAUACGGUUCCGCAAACUCGCUUUCCAGAUAUUAUUAAUCAGCCCCCAGACUUACAGCCAAGCCCUGAAAAUAUUCCUCUUGGACCUGGAGAACUUAGUAGCCCAGUUAGUCAACCCCCACAGUUGCAAUCGAGCCCUGUAUAUAUGCCUCGUGGACCUGGUGAACUUAGUAGCCCAGUUAGUCAACCCCCACAGUUGCAAUCGAGCCCUGUAUAUAUUCCUCGUGGACCUGGCGAACUUAGUAGACCGGUUAGUCAACCCCCACAGUUGCAAUCGAGCCCUGUAUAUAUGCCUCGUGGACCUGGUGAACUUAGUAGCCCAGUUAGUCAAUCCCCACAGUUGCAAUCGAGCCCUGUAUAUAGCCCUCGACGACCUGAAGAACUUAGUAGCCCAGUAAGUCAACCCCCACAGUUGCAAUCGAGCCCUGUAUAUAGCCCUCGACGACCUGAAGAACUUAGUAGCCCAGUAAGUCAACCCCCACAGUUGCAAUCUAGUCCUGUAUAUAGCCCUCGACGACCUGAAGAACUUAGUCGCCCAGUUAGUAAACCUCCACAGUUGCAAUCGAGCCCUGUAUAUAUGCCUCGUGGACCUGGUGAACUUAGUAGCCCAGUAAGUCAACCCCCACAGUUGCAAUCAAGCCCUGUAUAUAUCCCUCGUCGACCUGGUGAACUUAGUCGCCCAGUUAGUCAACCCCCACAAUUUCACUCAAGCCCUGUAACUCUCCCUCGAGGACCUGGAGUACUUAAUAGUCAUUCUAGUCCAGCGCCAGUUGUUGCCCUACAAUACCCAUCGAGGUUACCAGAAAGUCCUUCAAGUCCAAAAGGAUUCAUAGAUCAAACUCCAAAUUACUAUCAAGAAGAAUACCUUCAAUACAUAAAUCCUAAUCAGUAUCCAAAUUCUCAAUCGAGGCUUCAUGAAAAUACUGGUCCUGCUCAAGAAGUAAUCCACAAUUAUGAAAAUCAAAAUAAAUAUUCAAUUACCAAUUAUGAAAAUUAUGACCCUUAUUCACCUCAACAGUCUCAACAUGCCCCUGGCUCAAUGGACCAUCCAAAGACCUAUGAUGAUUACCAAUACCCUUUCCAUUCUUCAGAAUAUUUGCCAACGUUAAUAGAAAGUCCAGGACAUCAUCCACCUAAUGUACAAUUCCCACCAAAAUUGAAACAACCGACUGGAAUAUCAGAAAAGCCUUCGCCAGAUAUUGUUUAUCAAUAUCUACCUCCACCACAAGGGCUUGAGUCAUCUCAGGAUCCGCAUGAACCACAAAGUUUUGAAAGUUUUUAUAACUACCCAAAUAAAACUCAACACUUACAAUCAACAAUGAAUCAACAAAUAUCAAGAAAUUUUACCUUAGAUUAUUUACAUGCCCCUCCUCAACUCCCGUUUGAGCCCUACCCAAAUAAAAAUGGCGGGAAUAUUCCACACAUUAAAGAAUAUAGAAAUCCUCACUCACCACAUUUACAAUCAAAACCAGAAAGUCCACAUAUACCAGGGGACUAUAAGUCAAUAGAUGAUUAUUCCCUUCCUGAACAUAUUUCUCCUAAAAACACAUUUGAGGUACCCCACAAAGAAAAUGUUUCAGACGUAUUUGAUGAUACCUCUGAAGGUUUCAAAUACCCGCCUAGUUCCAUCGAACACAUCACUCUUUCGAAUACUUUAGUUGAGCAUCCCAAUACUAAAAUUAGUACAACAGUAACUCCAGAUUUUAAUGUCCGUGGAGCUAAUACCGGAUUCGAGUUUAUAUCGGAGUCCAUUGAAGAUACUACCCGCACAAAAAGUCCUAUUACUGAAAUACCUGAUGAUUUCGAUGGACAUGGAUCUGGCGGUGCAUAUCAAUACACAUCUAAUUCUGCUGAAGAUCAAAAUAAACGUCCUUGGAAACUACUGAUUUCAACAACGGUUUCACCACAUAAUCUUAAACCAGAAAACGGUGAAUACAUACAAUUCUUUAACAAUUCAUGGACAUCAGAAGAAGUGGAUAAAAUUCACGAAUCUCUAAAUUCCUCGACGCCCGAACUUAAGCAUGAUCACGAGGAAUUAGAAGGUGAUUGGGAUCCAACAGAUUUGGACAACAAAUUGUUUAAUUUAAAUCCAAAUGAUUUAGCGAAUUUGUUGGCAGUUGCAAACGAUACAAAGAAUUUGAACAAAUUGUAUCCAUUACUCAUAUUGUUAAUUAAAAACUUUACUAACCCAGACCUUAAUAAUUCCGAAGUUGACGAGGGUGAUUUAGACCAAGCAGACUACUUACCUGUUCUAUUGUCGAUACUUGCUAAGUAUCAAAAUGAUAUGAUGAAAUUAAAACAUAAACAGCAUAUUACUAAUAAUAGUGUUUUAGCUUUACUGAAAGAAAUUACAGCAUAUAAUUAUACACCUGAAGACGAAAUAGAUAUACAAAAAAUUUACAAUGCGCUUUCUAAAUUACCUACACUGAAUAUUAAUACAACAAAUACUAAAGUAACGCAUGACAAUGUUGAAGAAUAUUUACUAAAGUUAAUAAAUAAUAUUCAAGAAAAAUCUAUGGCUACAACGGCACACCCUGAAAAAUUAACAAUUACUUCUAAAUUUAAGCAAACCAAACCAGCCGUGUCUCAUAAGAAAUAUCCAAAUUUACUAAGUAUAUUACAAGAUAUUCAAGAAGGAGAUCCAUUGGACCUGCAAGCUCUGGUAGAUAAUCUGACAGUAGACAGCAGUCAAGGUGACGAGAAGCCUGUAGAAUCAAGAUUUUCGGAUGCAAAGCCGAAAUUCAUGUCUAAACAUAAAUUGAAAGAUCAGAAAGAAGAAUGUGGAGACGGUACGGCAUGGAUUAAAAAUUGCCACGAGUGCACCUGCCAGGCAGGACACGCGCAUUGUAUUAAAAUUCCCGAUUGCGCCCUAAGACCGUUUGGUGUACCAAUGAUGUGCAAACCAUAUACUCGUUUCAACAUGAGCGCCUGUUAUACUUGCGAAUGUAAUGGCGAUGGGAUUCCUGAAUGUGAAGGCUCAAGUUGUGUAACAAGACCAUUUCCACCGAUGGAAGAAGAGACAUAUAAAGGGAAAGAAUUCUUCGAUGAGAAAAAGACGAAUGAACUUAUUCAAUACUACAAGACUUACAAAAAACUACCUAAAGAUUGUUCAGAUUUGAGCUUCAUGUACCCAACGUGUAAGCCGGGAACUAGCUGGCUCAGUGAAUGCAAUAACUGCACAUGUAAUGACAGAGGCAAACGUGAAUGUACCAAGAUGCUGGACUGUUCACUGCUUUCUGUUUCUUACGGUGAACCAAGUAAAUGUAAGCCGAAUACGAAAUUUUAUCCGAAGUCCAGUGGUAUGCCGUGUGUAGAGUGUUCCUGCGACGACGACGGCGAGCCUCACUGUCCCACUACCGAUCAUACAAUAUGACUGUUAUAAUUUGAGAUUAAUACAAGUUUUAUACAUUUUAGACUAUGUUAAGUUUACAGCAAUGUAAUGUUUUUGAGAAGAUGUCUAAUAAGAUGGUGUAGAUGUCUAUUAAGUCAUAAUAGGGAUGAUGACGGGGUAUGAAAAUUAAAAAUCUAUUUAGUCCAUCAAUUAGGUAAUGAAAAUAUAUUACAAUACUUUGAUAAAACAAAUCAAAGUUCAAUUCAAAUCAAAGGGAGCAAAUACGUCAUUUCUACGUAUAAAAUGUACCUAGAGGUGAAGUCACGCAAUAUUUCAAAUCGACAUAUAUAUGAAAGUAUUGGUUUCUCAAAGAAAAA